AUGAGUCAACAUACGAGAAAUUUGCUUUUAUUGCUGACUGCUGCUUUAUUUGCCAUCAGAAAUUCAUCUGGAAAUGUUAAUUUACCGCCAAUAUUCACACAGGAUAUGAAUAACUUAGCAUUAUCUGAAAUGACACCAUUAGAUUCAAUAGUUUAUCGACUGGAGGGUUAUGAUCCGGAAGGCGGUAACGUUACAUUUGGUCUCAUAGGCUCGGAGAAUUUUCAAGUCGACUCCGUAACCGGUGAUGUAAAAUUAGUUAAAGAACUAGAUAGGGAGACUCACGAAACUUUAUCAUUUCUCGUAUCAAUUAAGGAUAAAGUAAAUGAAUCUGGUGAUUCGGAUAAUGACAAUUUCGUUCAAGUGCCAAUCAGUGUAAUCGUUCUUGAUGAGAACGACAAUGCGCCAGAAUUUCAAAAUGUGCCAUAUGAGACAACUGUUUUGGAGGAUGCAGCUAUUGGUACAACAGUAUUUGAUAAAAUUUUAAUUACCGACCGUGAUGCUGUCGGCGAAAAUUUAGAUGUGAUAUGUGUACAUGUAACAAAAGACGAUAGCCACUACCAACAAGAGCUUGAGCAUCAUCAAAAUCCAUGCAUAACUUUUUCCAUUGAUGUUCUCGAGAGUCAUCAAGAUCGCAUGAGAGCAGCCGUAGUUUUAAAACAAAAAUUAGAUUAUAACGAAAAUAUAAUUUUUAACAUUCCACUUUUUUCAACGGACGGACAUCAUAAUGCAAGCAGUAAUAUGAUUAUUCACGUUGAGGAUGUACAGAAUAGUCCACCAAUUUUUCAAGGAUCAUUAGCGACAAUCAUAAAUGAGGAUAGUCCCAUUGGAACACUCGUACUUACCAUACAGGCAAAAGAUGGAGAUCGUGGAUCACCGAGAAAAAUUUAUUAUGACAUAAUCACAAAUCCAAUGGAUUACUUCCUAAUUGAUUCAAUUACCGGUGAGUUGAGGACGGGUAAGCCACUUGACAAAGAAGAACUGCCUGAUGCUAGUGGAAUAGUAAUUCUUGUCGUUCGUGCACGUGAAAUUGUGGACGGAGCUCCAAGUAAUGAUCCAACAGCAUCAACAACAACAAAAGUAUCUAUAACGAUACGUGAUGUCAACGAUGUUGCGCCCACAUUCAAUCAAAAAGAAUAUUAUGUUACAAUACCUGAAAACACAGCAGUCGGUACACCGUUGCCAAUAGAAAUAAUUGUAAAUGACCCUGAUGUAGGACAAAAUUCAGUAUUCUCCCUUCGACUCGACGACGUAUCUGAAGUUUUUGACAUUGAGCCAAAACAAGUCAUUGGAACGUCACAAAUCAGCAUACGAGUGGCAAAUGGCUCACUUGACUAUGAGAAUGUGAAUCAACGUAAAUUCAUUGUUUUAAUUGUAGCCGAAGAGACGCUUACAAAUCCAAAAUUAUCGUCUACAGCCACAUUGACUGUCUCCCUAACUGACGUUAAUGAUAAUUUUCCACACUUUGAGCAGGAUACAUAUACAGCAACAGUAUCAGAAACAGCACCAGCAGGUCAAUUAAUUACAAUUAUUACGGCAUCGGACAUGGAUUCGGGUGUGUUUGGUGAUCAAGGAAUAAGAUAUAGUAUACUUAAUGGAACGGGUGCUGAACUAUUCAAUGUUGAUCCACUCACAGGAACAAUAACAGUAGCUGAUUGUCCAGUACACGACGGAAAUAUGAGACAGAAGAGGCAGUUGGAAUAUCAAAGUCAUCAUAUCAAAAAGGUCAACAUAACACAUCCUGGAGAGUACGGAAUACUCAGUGUAGAGGAUGAUGCAAAUGAUUUUAAUUACGAGCACACAACAAUGUCAAGCGAUUAUGUUACAUAUCAUGUCGAGUCAUAUGAAGAUAAUGAGACAAUACAAAAAGAUAAGGAUGUGUAUAGCUUAGGGAAAUAUCCAUGUCUUGAUUACGAAACACAAACUGACUAUUAUUUAAAUUAUCAGGCAACUGAUAAUGAAGGAAAGGGUCAAAUGUCUGUUGCAUCUUUAAGGAUAUCAGUUAUUGAUGCUAACGAUAAUCCACCGAAAUGUGAGAGUAGCAUAUAUCGAGCGACAUUAGACGAGGGUGCAAUGACUUUCGAUGGAAAUGGAUUAACUGUAAAAGCGAGAGAUGAGGACGUUCUUUCGGAAAUUACUUAUCAAAUCAUCGGAACUGACGUUGUACUUAAAAGCUUUGAAAUUGAUAAGCGAACAGGACAGCUGUCGAUAAAAAAAGGAGCUAGCUUGGAUGUCAAUCAUUUGAAUGGAGAGAGCAUCGUGUUUAGUGUUGAGGCAUCAGAUGGAUUAUAUUCAACAUUAUGUGAUGUGAACAUAACAUUGCGUGAUGUUAAUAAUCAUGCACCAGUAUUUAGUCGUAAACAUUUUGUGGCAUCAAUAGAAGAGAAUUUACCAAUUGGAACAAAAGUUGAGGAAAUGAAUGCAACAGAUCUCGACACAGGCGAGAAUGCAGAAAUAAUUUAUCAAAUACAGCACGGAAGCUUCAACGAUUUCACAAUUGACAAUCGAACGGGUAUCAUAACGAUAGCAAAGCCGCUUGAUUAUGAUGUACGACAAAAGUAUACACUUGAGAUUGUGGCAUAUGAUAAAGGUAUACCGAGUCUGUCUGGAACAGCGACAGUUGAAAUAAAUAUUAUUAAUAGUAACGAUAAAGCGCCAUAUUUUGUGCCGACAACACAACGUGCUGAGAUAAGCGAAGAUGCUGAAAUUGAUACAUUUGUGCAUAAAUUGACAGCUAAUGACCCAGAUAUCGAGUCAAUUGAUUUGUUAGAUUAUUCGUGGGAUGAGGCAUCCACAACAGCUGUAAGUGAGGACGGAACAGAAGUUCCAGCAUCACACAUGUUUAGUGAAUAUUUUGCCAUCAAUAAGACCGGUGUCGUGACAGUUAAUAAAAAACUUCGACGUGAUUUAUUUGCGGUGAUACGACUGACUGUUUUCGUAACAGACACCACGGCACCUGUUUUACAGCAAGGCAAAGGUUUACUGAUAAUUACAUUAAUUGACAUCAAUGAGCAUCCUCCGGUCUUUCAAUCGUCAACAUUCAAUUUUGAUGUGAUGGAGGAGCAACCAGUUAACACAAUUCUGGCAACUCUACACGCAACAGAUGCUGACUCUACAAUAUCUGAAUAUCAAUUAAUUGAUGGCAGUGGCGAUAAUGGAAAUGAAUAUUUCGAAAUCAAUAAUGUUACUGGUCUCAUUCGUACCAAAUCACGUAUUGAUUACGAGACAGUAAAGCUGAUAAAGUUUAAUGUCACGGUAACGGAUACAGGCGUUCCACAAUUAACAUCAACUGCUCAAAUUUUCGUCAACGUUAUAAAUAUUAAUGACAAUUCACCACAAUUCAAUGAGACCGAAUACCAACUGAAUGUAAAUGAAAAUGCUAUAAAAGGCACAUCUAUUGGUUUUGUGCAUGCACAUGAUGCAGAUGAAGGUGAAUUUGGCGAAGUAAAAUACGCACUGAUUGGGGAACAAAGUCAACAUUUUGAGAUUGAUGAGAAUACGGGUGAAAUAUUUGUGGCAAAUACAACAGCAUUGGAUAGAGAAAAGCAAUCGGAGAUUAUGUUGUCAGUUGUGGCAAUUGACCAAGGUCUCCCAAUUGAUGAACGACGAUCGACGACAUCAAAUGUAAAUAUAAAAGUGUGGGAUGAGAAUGAUGAAUCUCCGACGUUUAGACAGCAUAGCUAUUAUUCGAGCAUUGCUGAAAAUCUUCAGUUAAAUCCACCUGCCACAAUUCUACAAGUUCAGGCUGAUGACAAGGAUGAAGAUGAAGCUGGAACUGUGAAAUAUACAAUUCUAUCCGGUAAUGAUGAUAAUUCAUUUAUGCUUGAUGCCAAUUCUGGCAUUUUAUAUCCAGCGACAUCAUUAAUGGGACGUAAAGGUCAAUAUAAAUUAAAAGUUGAAGCUCGUGAUGGUGUGGGUUUUGGACCGCAUACAGACAUUACAGAAAUAAUUAUUGACGUAAUUGAAGUGAAUCAGCAUCGACCAAUGUUCAUUAUGCCAGCAUUAUCAAAUGCAACGGUCGAGAUACAGGAGAUAUUAGCCAUUAAAGACUAUUUAGUGCUAACGGUAAAAGCAGAGGAUCCAGAUAAUGGCGAUAAUGGUAAAAUCUCAUACCAUCUGCAAGUCAACAAUGAGAAUGUACAGGAGACAGACACAUUUGAAAUAAACACUAUGAACGGUGAAUUGAGGUUGAAGAAGCAAUUGAAUAAAAAAGAAUUGUCACGAUAUGAAAUAAUUCUCGUUGCACGAGAUCAUGGUAUACCAACGAAUUUUCAACAAUUGAGAUUCCUUACCAUACUGCUGGUUGAUAACAAUGAAGGCAAUCCAGAAUUCCCGGAUGCUAGCAACCCAUACAAAUUUUAUGUAACGGAAAAUGGUGAACGUGAUGAGCGUAUUGGUAAAAUUCAGGCAAUUGUGCACGAUUCGGGACGGGAGAAGGAAAACCAUGCAAUUUAUUAUUAUAUUUUGCUCGGAAAUGACGAUGGUGCUUUUUAUAUCGACAAAAUUACCGGCGAUGUCUUUACGAAUAAAUCAUUAGAUCGUGAAAUGGUCGAUAUGUAUGUGCUGUAUGUUCUUGCAAGUAAAAAGUCUGACUUACAUAUCAGCGACACCGAGCAACUGUUUUUAUCAACUGAAAAUCUUGAACGUAAUAGCACUGUGGCUAAAGUUUGGAUUCACGUACUCGACGUUAAUGACUGUGCACCUGAAUUUCCUCAAAAUAUAUAUUAUGCUGGAGUUAAUAAAAAGUCGGGAGUGAGUGAGCUAAUUGCCAUAAUUAAUGCAACAGAUAAAGACUUUGGAGUGAAUGCAAGCAUUGAAUAUCUAAUUGCCGCAUCGCAUUUGUAUAAAUUUGGGGCAUCGAAAUCAACAGGCAACAUUGUUCCAUCGCCAUUCUCAAUUUCACAAGAUGGAAGAUUAACUACAAAUGCAUAUAUGGCUGAGUAUAACCAGGAUAGAUUUGAAUUAGAUAUUCAAGCUAAAGAAGUGCAACCACCUGAAAGAAUUGCAGUGGCAAAAGUUUUUGUUUGGAUUUAUGAACCAGAACAGCUUGUACGUGUGAUCUUAUCACGACCACCAUCCGAAGUGCAAAAUGAACGUGAUGAAAUUUUAGUUGAAUUAACAAAUGUAACGAAAAAGCACAUCAUUAUCGACGAUGUACGAUAUCAUGUUGAUAGCAUCGGUAGAAUUCGUAUGGAUUGGACAGAUUUGUUCUUUCAUGCUGUUGAUAUGACGACAAAAUCAAUCGUUCCAGUUUAUGAUAUCUUAAAUGAAAUCGAUUCCAAAUAUGACUUCCUUAAGGAUUACUACAGCGGAUUCGCAAUUGAGAAUGUCGUACCAGCAUAUACAGAGAACUUACAAGAAGAAUUUGAUAUUGCAUUGGCAGCCAUCAUUGCAUUACUGAUUGUGCUCUUUGUUGGCGCAAUAAGUUUCAUCGUUCUAUGUUGCUGUCUAAAGAAUUGGGUAAUAUCAAUACCAUCCGAGACGAGACGGAAAGAUGCAUUGAUCAAAAAGCAAAUAAUCGAUGACUUAAAUACGACAGAGAAUCCUUUAUGGAUUGAACAGAAGCUGAAAAUUUACGAGGAACAAGAAUUGACAAUGAAGAUAUUUGCGGAGCCAAGUGAAUUUCAAUUACCGCUCACAGAAAACUCAUCAAUGAGACAACAUAGUUCGAAUAUAUCACAUAAUUUAUUAGGAAUGGAGACGCCACCAACACCCUUACUUGAUACAUAUAAUGGCAGUGAUGCGGGUGGAGAUUUAGACACAAAUUACGCAACAAUAUUAAAUUAUUCAAAUAGUAAUAAUAAUAAUAACAGCGGUAGCUGUAGUACUAGUAAUAAUAACAAUAGCAGUGCAUUAGUGAAUAAUAGUAGGAGCACGAAUAAUACAAUAAACCUAAUAGAUGCUGAUUAUCAAACUUUACGAACAUCUCCACGAGUGCCGUCUCUCUUUGAAUUUAAUGGAUCAACAUUUCAAGUGCAGCGUAAUGCAAACUCAUCGGAUUAUACUGGUGAGUUAAUGUGA